CAAAUAUAGAUAUAUUUAUGGAAAAGAUUGGAAAAAAUACUUUACAUCUUACACUUGUGUAUGUGUCUAAGUUUGGCUUCGUGUAAUACAAAAUGCAUUUAAGAAAAACGCAAUAAAAGAAUUAGAUCGUGUUUAGUACCUGAAACUUUAGCAACAGCUGGAGAGUGUUGAAUUACUAUAAAAGUGCUCUCACUGAUGGAAUUUGAAAUGUUCUUCGAAUUUCAUUGCCUGUUAAAAUAAAGAAGGAAAUAGUAAUUGAAUUGUUUUAACUUAAUCAGUGCUGCUAUUCAUUGACUGAUCGUUUGUUUUAAGAUCAUCGCACUGCACAUUCCAUGUAAUAACUUUUACCUAUUCAACUGCUAGAUCUCGUUCAAAUGUUUAAUAGUUUUCAAGUGUCGUGGAUAUCCAAUAUUUGGAAAAGAAUUUUGGUGAUAUAAUAUUACUAAUUGUCCGUCUUGUUCAAUAUUUUAAUUUUAUUGUACCUCUGUUUAAAAUGAAGAGUUUGGCGUUGUCCGAAAAUUGUAACUGCAAGGGAUUUUUUCGCGGCUUAAGCGGACAAAUAAUUUUUGAAUGAGAAAAUUUUACUGACUUCGGCGGAACCUGCGACCUCCGUGUUUCCGCAGGUUCAAGUACUGCGAGAAGCAGUAAAUUUUUCUUAUUCCAAAAAUUAUUUGUCCGCUUAAACCGCGAAAAGUUCCCUUUCAUGUACUUCUGUUUCGUUGACGUCGACAACAUGACAUUGUUCUUAGGACACUAGUCCACUAGUCUUGGCUCAUACGGUACUAGUUUUGAGCAUCGCCAAAAGAGACCACCGCCAAGCAACCUUAGGGGACAAGAGCGACAAGCUCUCAAAGAAAUAAGAAGGAACACAAACAUCGUCGUCCGGCGAGCUGACAAAAGCAAUACUACUGUCAAUAUGGACCGAGAAGACUAUGAGCAGAAAAUCAAAGACCUACUGGAUCCAGCUACUUACACAAAGCUCAAGAAAGACCCGAUUCAGGUCAAGUUCAGAAACAUCAACCGCCUGAUAAAAAUGUCGUUAAUGAAUGAGACCGUCAUGAAGAAGAUCAUUAAGUGAGGAGCCCUUCCACCACGUUUGUAUGGAUUACCCAAAAUUCACAAGGAAGGAAGCACAAAAUAUCUAGCCUCUCUUCUGCACCCACAUAUAGGAUCCACAGACACACAUAUCAGAGACUCUAAACAUUUUAUUAGCCAAAUCAGGGAUCUGAGACUGGAACCAACGGAUAUGCUAGUUAGCUUCAAUCUCGUGUCACUGUUCACAAAAGUGAAGUAUGUUCAAAGCUUGUCUAAAAGGCACCUACUUCCUAUGGGAUGGAAACUUCCACGGACAAAUGGAAGGAGUAGCCAUGGGAAGCCCAGUCAGCCCGGUUGUAGCAAAUGGCUUCAUGGAGAGAUUGGAGAAAACUGCUUUGAGAACCGCACCCUUUAAACCAACUAUCUGGUAUCGAUAUUUCGAUGACACGUUCGUGAUAUUGAGACAUGGUCGCAAUAACCUGGACAAGUUCGUCGGCCACCUCAACAAACAACAUCCAGAGAUACAAUUUACCAUGGAAGUUGAACAAAACCAACAGUUGGCCUUCUUAGAUGUCUUGGUGUCCAGUAAAAGGUAUAUUUAAAAGCCACCCACACGGACAGAGACCUCCACAAGCUGUCCAAUCAUCACCCAAGUCAAAAGCAAGGAAUCAUCAAGCCUCUCACGGAUAGAGCCAGGAAAAUAUGUGGACCGCAACAGAUAACAGCGAACUACAACAUUUAGAAAGUUUCAUUCAAAACGGAUACUCUCAUAAGAGGGGUAGGGGUGAACCGUGGCCAAAAAAGUAAGACCACUCUAAGAGUAUUUCUGCUUUUCAUUCCCAGAGUUACGGACAGAAUUGGAAAGACCCUAGAGAAGCACAACAUAAAAACAAUCUACAAGCCCACAACGAAGAUUAAGAAAUGUCUAAGGUCGGGAAACCUUUACUAGCGACUGCAGGUAUCUACCGAAUCCUAUGAUCCUGUGGAGGCGUCUACUUAGGAACCACGAAGAGGUUCGAGAAUCGAGGAGGAUCGAAAAACAUCAACGAAAUUGCAAAUUGGGACAUGUGGAAAAGUCGGCAAUGGUGAAACAUGCCCUUCGCGAGGGAGCGCAUAGCAUCAGGUAUGUAGAAAUUCAAGUCCUAGCCACAACAACAGACGAUCGCUCCCGACUCGUCCGAGACGCCAUCGAAAUCCACAAACACAACGACAACUUUAACAGGAAAGAAGAGGCACUGGCGCUAAACCUUGAUAUACCAGCAAGGAUAGAUAACGGCACAGGACAGGACGAAGAAUCCGCUACACCGGAACAUAGCAACUAACAGAAUGCGCCGAUGCAGAUGACACAUGUUACGUCAUCACAUUCGGUGAAUAAGUACGUACUAUGCCCGAGGAACCGCAUCAGGACAGUGUAAGCUGUCAAGCAAACCACCUCUGAAGAUGCAAGCCAUUCGGGAUUGCGAAACAUCAGGAAUAAAUCUCAGGAGCCUAAAAACCCGAAAAACUCACAACUUUCAAACCAGAUAUUAUUUAUAUUGUCCUCAUGUCAGGUUGUUGUUUAAGCCGUGAGAUCCAGUUAGAACAGCGCUUUCAAGCGGUAAUAAGCACUGUUUAUUGUUUGCGAGUUUGAUGACCUCGAUAGAAUAUAACUUUUCACCCAUUUCAUAUGUUUUCAUUUUAAAGUUUUUUACAAUGCAUUAAAAUUUUGCAGUGGCAGUAUUUAUCGUAUUGCUACAUUAAAACGAUUUAACUAAAAAUUAAAAUUUUAGCUUAAAGCAUCAUUUAUAAAGUGACCUAUCCAGAAAUUUAAAUCAUUUAAAGAAAGCGUCUUUGCUGCUUUUAGAUAUCGGGCCAAGUACCAGUUGAAAACUUUAGCUUCUUGAUCAUAAUUCAUUUCAUUGCGUCAAUCAUGUUUAUAGGCGGAGUGUUUAAUAAACAAAUGCAAAUACUUUGAGGGCGUAUUUGAAAAAUGGUUUUCGCCAGUUGAAGGUUUUAAAAUUUGAAUAUCGAUUUAACAAAAAGUCAACCACAAACCAAAUUAUUCAAAAGACGCUCGUUACGAUAACCGUUUCAAGGAACCUGGAAAAAAAUAUUUUCACAUCAUUUUGAAAGAUCAUGCAUGUCCCUGAACUAUUUGAACUUACCCCAUGUAUUUUGGAGCUCAAAAGCACUAACCUAUCUGCUAUAAUCCGCGCUCAAAGAGUAGUUAUUAAUUAAAGUCCAGUGCUUAUUACCCUAGAAGUUAUUACAUGCUAAAUUAAGCUCUCAAAACCUGAUUAAAUUGUAGUAAAAAACGUACAUUGAGUUCAAAUCUAAAUAAGUUCCACAUAAACAUGUAAUUACGGUUGCAUCAUAAAACAGUCCGCAAUUCUUAUUAUAAGUAAUGAAAAUUGCCAAGUGCAAUUUUCAACUUAACAAAUCGAAGUGAAAAAACAGAACCUGUCCGUAACGCAUAAGAAAGCCAUGUCCGAACAACCAGUCACCUGCCUACCGCCACCAUUGCCACCCAAGACAAAGGCCAGAAGGCAAAUUGAAGAAAAUCGCGAAGAACUAGACAAGACCGGCAAGUUCUCAAAUGGCCUAGAUGGCGAGAGAGACGGAGUUGUAAUCAGUGCAUCAUAUUCACCGCAUCGGGACCAGAAGUCUUCUCGGUCUCCUACCAUCACAACGGUAAAUCUAAACACCGUUGACCUGAACAUUCCGGACGGUUUUCAAGAACUGACAUACUCCUGUAAAAACAGCGGCAAAAGUCAUGUCGUGAAGAUAUUGAUUAAUCCAGAAGAAACCCGGUUGCUGUGCAACGGGGAUGAAGAACAUAGUUUUAGUGGGUGUAGUGACAAGGACAGUGGUAUUAGUGAGGUGCCCUCUGGAGAAACCUGCAUUAGGAUAUCAGUGAACAACAAUUCCGAAGCAUUUUCAAACACGAGCACUAUGGUCGACAGAGUUGGGACAUCUAGUCCAUCGCAAUACUAUUUUAAUCAAUUCAGUGGCAUUAUGUCCAGUGGUCAAAUGAGUCCUAGUGAUACUUUGGACUCAGGAACCUGCAGUGAUCUAGAUGGAACGCCUCCUCCUCCAUCGAAAAAGAUCAAUGGAAAUGGAAUUUCUGUCACUCUGAUUGGUUCCCAUAAGAAAACAGCUAGUUUAAGCAGUGGCGCCGAAGUUGACAGUGAUGACAACGAGAGCCAAAGUAGCGCCAGUAGUCUGAGUUGCGAUUCUUUGAAUUGCGGAAAAGUCUCUCCAAUAGGAAACGGAAAACUAAUAUCUGGCGCCGGCAACAGGAGUUCACUUCUGCCUCCGACACUGCUGCAAGAUAUCAGGCAAAAAAAAGAGUCGUACUCUACGAGUCUAGUGGACGAAAAAUCCUAUGAAGAUCGCCAACAAGAGUCUUUCGUCAGAGAAGCACUUAAAUUUGAAGAAACAUUGAACUCUGAUAUGUUUUUCAAUUUUCACUUGAACGAAAAGGACAUUCACAGUGAUUUAGUGUCAGUUAAAACUGUGAUUGAAGACGAGACAUUCGCUGGUUAUAAAGACUUACUGGGGGGCGAUAAAGCAUCUACUAUUCGGAGUGCAAAAGGAACUGUGCGUGGUGUUAGAAAUCGAGUUCGAGCUGGAAUUGCAACGUUUUUGCAAAUAAACUCUACAGAAAAGAGCUACAAAGAAAAAGAUGCAAAUAAAGUGGUGGUCUACACAACAACGAUGGGGAUUAUCAGAGAUACAUACCAAGCCUGUAUGAAAGUUAAACAAAUUCUUAGAACGCUGCUAAUUAAAUUUGAAGAACGGGAUGUUUUUAUGAGUACAGAAUAUCAAAAUGAAAUUAGAGAACGAAUGAAGUGUGAUCACAUCCUAAUUCCUCAAGUGUUUGUUGAUGGGCAGCAUUGUGGGGAUGCCGACACUAUAGAAAGACUAAACGAAUCAGGAGAAUUAAGAAAAAUAUUAAAAUUGUACAAGAAUGCGGACGUAUGCAAUACUUGUCAAAUGUGCGGAGGCUAUCGCUUGCUGCCUUGUGGAACUUGUAAUGGAAGUAAAAAAUCUGUACAUAGGAAUCAUUUUACUACGGAAUUUGUAGCUUUAAAAUGUAUGAAUUGUGAUGAAAAUGGGCUAGUUCGCUGUAGUGGUUGCUAAUAAAUAAUAUCUAUACUCGUGCAAAAUUCAAUCAUCGAAGCAUAGUUCUAUAUUUUUUAGAAUGUUUUCCAUACAUAGGUAUUUUAUUAUAAAUGUAAGAAAAUCUAGCGGUAAUACGAGUACAUGAUACACUUAAGAGUGUAAAGAAUCGCGCGGACCCUGACAGAGUAGUACCAAGAACAUAAUUAUGUCGUUGAUUUUCCACUCAAUGGGAAAUAAUUAAAAAUUACUUAUCUAAAGGUAAUCAAUGUACACAUUUGAAAAAAAUGCUAUAACUUUAUAAAAAUGGAGUAGCUAAAAUAUAGUUCCGAAUCUGUAUUCUAAAAUUUAAGUGUUUGAGUUAAGUCUGCUGUAUUUUGAUAAUCGGUUUGUAUAAAUUUGUGAUAUAAGCCUUAAGAACAUGGUAGAAGAAUUACUACAAAUAGCUCAAUUGUUUUGACAAUUUAUAUAUUAAAUCACAGCAGAAAAUUAAUUUGAGACUUUUUUAUUUCCUAUAGAUGUUAUUGAAUAUUUGAUUUAAUGAGACAUUGUUGUAAUAAUACUUCAACUUCUAAAUUUAACUAUCAAUUCUUUUGAAAUAUCUUAGCUUCAUCCGGAACACACGUUACAUUUAAAACAUAAAAAUAAUCAGCAGCAAUAUAUUAUUUGAUAAUGUGGGUGAAUUGCCGACCAGAAUAUUUAAUCUGCUUAUCUAGAAGGAAAGGGCUUAUCAUAAGUAUAAGACAUUCUUGAAUUGCAUUCACUUUUUGGUCCUACGCUCAACAUAUUUUGCUUUAGCCGCAAUUUUUUCUAUUGUUAAUAAUAAUUCUAAAUAUUUUGACUAAAUGAGUGCCAUUAAAGAGAAAUCUUUCAGUUUUCUUUGUCGUAUGUGAAUACGAGUUUAUAGUAGAUGAAAUUAUUUAUAAUUUUAUUUCAAUAAAGAGCAUUUGCACGUUGGUUAUCUUGCAAUUAAAAUUUUGAAAAAUUUCCGUAUUUUGCGUUCCUAUAUUUGUAGGUAAAGCGCCAAUAUUGCGUAUUUUAGUCUAGACCAAAACACAAUUAGAAAACAAUGUUUUUUAUUUAUUCUUCAGUAACAGAUUAUUCUAGCUACUAAUACUGUGCAAUAUGUAUAUGAAAUAUGUAAUUAUAAAGUGUUUUCGAGGAACCGCUGUUAAUAAUGUAGAAUUAUUUAAACAAAAAUCAAUAAUUCCUUUUCAUUGAACAAGUUUUUAAAUAUAUGCAUACAUAUAAAUUACAUAUCCUGAAGUAGCACUAAUGUAUACAGACCUAUUAGGUAAAAACCUAUUAAAGUUAUAUUUGGUUCACUUUCAGAGUAUCCCAGAUUGAAAGUUUGCGUCCUAAAUAUGCAUGAAAAAUCUCUAUUAGGUACUAGUUACAUAUGCAUUAGAAAUACAGAUAGAAAUGUAGGAUUUUUCUGAGAUGUAUCUUGUUUUAUUUAAAUAAAUGAACAUAAUACCAAAA